AAAGCAAGCUUCGUUCUGUGUUUUGUGUUUUGUCUUUCACUUUUCACCCCCACCGCUUUGCAUCAUCAUCAUUCCUUCCCCCUGUUUAAUUCCACCAAAAACCGCCCGCCUUUCCACACCUUCGCUGCCACUUCGCGAAGUUUCGUAUUCCUUCUGAUUUUUUCUUUCUCUCUCUUUUUUUUAAAAAAAAUUCUUUUUAAUUUCAUCCGCUCCUUUCCUCACUCUGUCCGCUUCGCUGAUUUGUUUUCCUCAUCCUCUGCAUAAACGGAACCCCAAAACACGCUGUUUUCUCUUCAACACCGGCACAUGCUCUGUGAUUCAGAGUUUGUGGAAACCGACACGCACUCGAUUUGAUUUUCUUGAGGUGCGUUUACAGGCUGUUUGGUUGAUUUUCCCAUGGCGGUAUCGGACUCGCCGGAGAUUGUGGGGAGCGAGGGGACUGUGACGAGUGGAAGCAUCGACUCAGAUCUUAGUCACUCGUUGCGGAGGAGAGAGAGCGCUGUCAGAGAUCGCCAGCCGGAUGGUGCGGGGAAUGGCGAGUCUCUGGAUGUGAGGGAUCGGGUUGAGUCGACGAGUUUUAUGAGAAGCGAUGGAGUGACGUCUAAAGGGGAGAAUCAGAGUUCGGAUGUGAUAUUCACGUAUCGGGCUUCUGUUCCUGCUCAUCGGAGGAUUAAGGAGAGUCCUUUAAGCUCUGAUGCCAUCUUCAAACAGAGCCAUGCAGGUCUCUUCAACCUCUGUAUAGUGGUGCUUGUUGCUGUGAACAGUCGGCUUAUCAUUGAAAAUCUAAUGAAGUAUGGUUGGCUGAUUAGAGCUGGGUUUUGGUUUAGUCCAACAUCAUUGAGAGAUUGGCCCCUUCUUAUGUGUUGUCUUAGUCUUCCAAUUUUCCCUCUCACAGCCUUUUUAGUUGAAAAGCUGGCACAGUGCAAGUGUAUAUCCGAACCUGUUGUUGUUUUUCUUCAUGUAAUCAUAACCACGACUGCAGUUUUAUAUCCAGUUUUCGUGAUUCUCAGGUGUGAUUCUGCAGUUUUAUCUGGUGUUACAUUGAUGCAGUUUGCUUGCAUCGUCUGGUUAAAAUUGGUAUCAUAUGCUCAUACAAACUAUGAUAUGAGAGCACUUGCAAAGUCUGCUGAAAAGGGAGGUGGAGAUAGCUUGUACGAAGUUAGCUUCAAGAGUUUGGCAUAUUUCAUGGUGGCACCGACAUUAUGUUACCAGUUGAACUAUCCUCGCACACCAUCUGUUCGGAAGGGUUGGGUGGUUCGCCAAUUUAUCAAGUUAAUAAUAUUUACUGGACUUAUGGGUUUUAUAAUAGAACAGUAUAUAAAUCCUAUUGUUAAGAAUUCCCAGCAUCCUUUAAAAGGGAACCUCUUAUAUGGUUUAGAGAGAGUUCUGAAGCUUUCAGUUCCAAAUUUAUAUGUGUGGCUCUGCAUGUUCUACUGCCUUUUUCACCUCUGGUUAAAUAUACUUGCUGAGCUUCUUCGUUUUGGAGAUCGCGAGUUCUACAAAGAUUGGUGGAAUGCAAAAACUGUCGAGGAGUAUUGGAGAAUGUGGAAUAUGCCUGUCCACAAAUGGAUGGUUCGCCAUAUCUAUUUUCCAUGCCUAAGGAAUGGGAUACCAAAGGGAGUGGCCAUUAUUAUUGCUUUCUUAGUUUCUGCUGCAUUCCAUGAGUUGUGCAUUGCUGUUCCUUGCCAUAUAUUUAAAUUUUGGGCAUUUAUUGGAAUUAUGUUUCAGGUUCCCUUGGUCUUGAUCACAAAUUUUCUGCAAAAUAAGUUCAGAAACUCAAUGGUGGGGAAUAUGAUCUUCUGGUUUUUUUUCUGCAUCCUUGGUCAACCAAUGUGUGUGCUUCUAUACUACCACGACCUAAUGAAUCGCAAAGGGAAAACCAAGUAGACUUUCCCCUGUAACAAUAGUCCAGCAUAGUGGUACUUGCUCUAGCAGGAGCUGUUGAAUUUUUACAGGCUAAACCCAUAUGUCAUCAGCAAUCACAUUGCUUUGGACCAUAUUUCAUUUUCAUUUAUCUUGCUGCUUCCUGCUGAGAUGUUGUGAUCUAUUAACCUCUUUGUGGUCUCCAAUUGAGCAGACAGUGGCAAAUGCAGAAAGCAAUUUUGAGAGUACUAAGUACUUAUUUUCAUUUUUACUGGCUGUUUAUAGGUGAAAAUUUGUAUAUGAUUCUUUCUUUGUUAAUACGACACUUGAGGUUUCCCUCGUCACUCUCGUUUUGCUUCUGCUAUUAUGGUAGAAAUGGUUAUAAUCAACAUGGGAAUUCUUGUUUGGAUCUAUAGAUUUUCAUAGCCUAUGUUAAGUUCUGCUUUGGUCAAGAGACGAGAAGUAGGAAAGAUUUCAUCCAUCCAAUGGGCCAACAUGUGCGUUACCCCAUGAUAAAAGAUUAUUAUUUGAGGCAAGUAGUUUACUUAGAAGUUGUCAUGGAAAUUUACAUUGAAAACAUACGUUGAGAAUAAGUGAAAAUGAGUCAU